AAUGCGGAAGUAGAGCACUAUUUUCUAAAAAACAGCUGUGAUAUUUUGAUGCUUGAGGCUUUCAGUAGAAAGAAAACCUGUGCAGAAGAGGAAUAAAACAACAGACUGAUCAUGGAGGAUGACGCUCCUGUUAUUUAUGGACUUGAAUUUCAGGCACGGGCUCUCACUGCUCAGACUGCGGAGACUGAUGCCAUUCGUUUUCUUGUUGGAACACAGUCCCUAAAAUUUGACAAUCAGAUUCACAUCAUUGACUUUGAUGACGAGAAUAACAUCAUUAAUAAGAAUGUCCUCCUGCACCAAGCAGGGGAGAUAUGGCACAUUGGCGCCAGUCCUGCAGAUAAAGCUGUGCUCACCACCUGCUAUAACAAAACCAGUGACAGCCGGGUGGUGUCCUGUGCAGCCGUGUGGAGGAUGCCCUCAGACUGGGAUGCUGGGAACCACGAGUCGCCCGAUGACUCCGCCCACAACCCCCAAACCCUGGAGUUGCUCUGUCACCUUGUCGACAGUGCCCAUGGAAACACGGCUUGUGUGCUUUGGGAGCCCAUGGGGGACGGAAAGCGCGUGAUUUCAUUGGCUGAUAACCACGCACUGCUCUGGGACCUGCAGGAGAGCUCCACACAGGCUACAGUGUCAAGCCGCGCCACACUGGAGGGCAAAGGUCAGCUCAAGUUCACCUCGGGAAAAUGGAGUCCGCAUCACAACUGCAGCCAGCUCGCCACCGCCAGUGACACAGCCAUCCGAGGCUGGGACCUGCGCAGUAUGAGUCAGAUCUACUGUAUCGAGAACGCCCAUGGACAGCUGGUUCGUGACCUGGACUUCAAUCCGAAUCGGCAGUACUACCUGGCCAGCUGCGGGGACGACUGCAAGGUCAAGUUCUGGGACAUCCGCAACAUUCAGGAGCCGGUCAAGACCCUAGAGCAACACUCCCACUGGGUGUGGAGUGUCCGCUACAACCACAGUCAUGACCAGUUGGUGUUGACAGCCAGCAGUGACAGUCGGCUCAUCCUCUCCAAUAUGGUGUCAAUCUCCUCCGAGCCAUUUGGACACCUGGUGGAUGACGAGGAGCUCAGCGAGGGAGAGGACAACCAUCAAGACGACAAGAGUAAAGAGCCACUAAAGGAUAGUGUUGUUUCCACAUACGAGGAGCACGAGGACAGCGUGUAUGCAGCAGAGUGGUCUUCAGCUGACCCCUGGCUUUUUGCUUCACUCAGCUAUGAUGGACGCCUGGUCAUCAACAGGGUCCCACGGGCACUCAAGUACCGAAUACUGCUCUGAGAAAGGCAAGUGGACUUUAAAAUGAGCAACAUUUACCAGAGGACUUUUGAAUUUGUUUUGUCUCAACCUUGACUAUGAAGAAUUGAAUGUUUUGAAUCAAGACAUUUAUUUAUUCAUAUCACUGGAGCAGUUCUUUCUUCAGAGACAUGUAAGAUUUAAUGGUUAUAUGUGUUAUAUCCCAAAUGACGCCUGGGAUGACAGUUCUUGUCAUGGCUCUUCUCAGCUUGACUUCUUCUCAUACAACAUAAAACAGUCAUACAAGUAUAUAUAAUGGGACCAAAAUAUGAAACCGGUCAUUAAACUCUACUGUAAAAGUGACUGACACCAUUGUAAAC